AUGAAGCUGCUCAGGCUGAUGAUGUACGGCGGUGCCGGAGCAGCUGGCGUUGCGGCGUACAACUGCGACUCGACGGCGUGUCGCAUCGCGAAGGAGGCGCUGCGGGAGCGAGCAGCUGAGGCGCUGGAACUCGCGCCCAGCAGCGCGGGAGAGGCGGCGAGCAACCUCGAGGCGUGGAUGAAGGCGAUGCAGGACCACCUGGAGCAGAUCGUCACACGGCAGGACAACGCGCACGCCCAGUCGCUGGCAUUGAUGCAGGCGCAGACCGCAGCAUUGACCGGCAUGGCGAAUUCGCGGAGCUCGCGGGUCUCCGUCAUCGGCGCGACCGGCGCGGCGCUCGUCGGAGUGUACUUCUUCGCCCGGUGGCGUGGAUGGUCGCUCAUGGGCUUGCUGCCUGCAACCAGGAAGGCGCUGUCGCGGAUGGCCAAGCAGCUCGACGAAGCGCGCUGCGCACUCGAGGCGGCGGUGGCCACGUUGAAGCAGGACAUCACUGAACGGCAGGAGCAGGCGCAGAGGGGCAUCGAGGACAUUCAGGAGCGCACGGAGAGCAUGCAAGGGCAGAUGCGCGCGCUGGAGGACGGACAGGGCGACGUCAGCGAGAAGCUCGACCGCCUGCGAAGGGCGCAGGUGCUCGGGCUGCAGAUGACGUACACGAUGGGGCAGGCACUGUACGAAGCCCUGUGCAGGGUCGGGACCAGCCCGUCGCCGGCCGUGCGCGAGCUCGGCGGGCUGACAAAGCAGGUGGUGACGACCACGGGCGCAGACGACACGGGGAGCCUGCAGCGCUGGCUGAGCGCGCGCACGACAGGCGCCAGAGGCCAGAAGGCGCCGUCCAGCAGUGCGCCGUUUGAUGACCUGGACGACCUGUUUUCGCGAGGCCGGGCCCUGGAUGCGUCGGUGUUCGACAGCAAGUGGUGA